CUUAUUAUCAAUUUAUCAUUACCUGCAGCCCCAAAAGUCUACGAUUCCUGUUUAACUUUUAUCGUUUCCGAGAAGACAACACCAAAAGCAAUCAUUACUGUGAUCCCACUUCAAAGGAUCACCUGAACAAUGACUAUUAAUAGGGAGAGGAGUAGGAAAAGCUCUCUCCCAUUAAUGGGUUUGCAGAGACUUUGUGGAGUAAUCUUAGUAUCAGCUCUGAUUUCAUUUGUCUGUCAGCCAAAUUCUGUCAUUGCCGGUGAUAUAGUACACGACGACAAUUUAGCUCCCAAGAAGCCUGGUUGUGAGAACGAUUUUGUUCUAGUCAAAGUUCAAACUUGGGUUAAUUGCAUAGAGGAUUCUGAGUAUGUUGGUGUAGGUGCCAGAUUUGGCACUACGAUAGUGUCGAAGGAGAAGAAUGCAAACCAAAGAUGCCUCAUUCUUUCUGACCCUCGUGAUUGUUGUAACCACCCAAAGAAUAAGCUUGCUAAUGAUUUUAUUAUGGUGGACCGAGGCCACUGCAAAUUCACAACCAAGGCAAAUAAUGCACAAGUAGCUCAUACAUCAGCUGUUCUCAUUAUAAAUAACCAAAAAGAACUCUACAAGAUGGUAUGUGAGCCUGAUGAAACUGUAGACAUACACAUACCUGCUGUCAUGCUCCCACAGGAUGCUGGUGCAAGCUUGGAAAAAAUGCUAACAAGUAAUUCUGCAGUGUCUGUAUAGCUUUACUCCCCAAAGCGACCACUAGUUGACAUAGCCGAAGUGUUCCUAUGGUUGAUGGCUAUUGGUACCAUAAUAUGUGCUUCAUAUUGGUCAGCAUGGAGUGUAAGAGGAGCUGCUAUUGAAUAGGACAAACUAUUAAAGGAUGCUUUGGAUGAAAUCCCGGAAAGCAGACAUGUAGGUUCUGGUGGUGUAGUAGACAUCAACACCAAGUCAGCCAUCUUAUUCGUUGUUGUUGCUUCUUGCUUCUUGGUUAUGCUUUACCAACUUAUGUCAUACUGGUUUGUUGAGCUGUUGGUGGUUCUUUUCUACAUAGGUGGUGUAGAGGGCCUUCAAACUUGCGUGGUUGCUCUAUUUCACAGGUGGUUCAAGCAUGCUGGAGAAUCAUACAUUAAAGUGCCUUUCUUUGGACAUCUCUCAUACCUUACAUUGACAGUUUUGCCUAUCUGCGUAGCAUUUGCUGUUGUUUGGGCUGUUUACCGCAAUGUUUCCUUUGCUUGGAUAGGUCAAGAUAUACUAUUAUAAUAUUUUGUCUUCUCAGGAAUUGCACUGAUAAUCACAGUUCUGCAAAUUGUCCAUGUACCUAAUCUCAAGGUGGGAACAACUCUACUCGGUUGUGCCUUCUUAUAUGACAUCUUUUGGGUGUUUGUUUCAAAGAAGUUGUUCCAUGAAAGUGUGAUGAUUGUGGUAGCUCGUGGUGAUAAAAGUGGAGAGGAUUGCAUUCCAAUGCUACUGAAGAUCCCACGCAUGUUUGAUCCAUGGGUUGGUUAUAGCAUAAUAGGGUUCGGUGAUAUCCUUUUACCUGGAUUGCUGAUAGCAUUUUCCCUCAGGUAUGACUGGCUGGCAAACAAGACUCUUCGAGCUGGAUACUUCCUGUGGGUGAUGAUUGCUUAUGGCUUAGGAACCUUUUUUAUUCUGGAGAGAAAGCUAGGUGAUUUGAGAGUUCUCUGGACAAGAGGAGAAUCAGAAAGACCCUGCCCCCAUAUCCAACUCGAACCCAACAUAGUGAUGAGUUAAACGAUGAAAAGUAAGACCUUUUUCCGUAGUUACAAUAUUGUAAAUGUGUGGCUGAGGCUGAUGAUCAUUCAAAACCUACUUUUGAUCUAGCAUAAAUCUCAAUGCCCUUUAAAGCUAUGUAGGGCAUGUUAUCAAUUAGCAUUAGCAUGUCCCAUUUUUUUUUAAACAGAAAUAAUACAAGUAAUUUGCAGUAUUUGAUAAUGUUGAAGAAUUGCUUAUGAAAUAAUUCACAGCUUUCAGCCCAGCUCCAUUUUGCUGUAAGUAUUUCAGUAUGUAAUCUUUUAGAAAUCUAAAUUUUCUUUUAGUUUCCCUUGUGGCUAAGAUUAUAUUAUAUUGUCUAUAUAUAACAUGCUGCAUUAUCAAGCAUAUUUCCUAAAAUC